GGUAGCAGUUAGGUUGGUAUACCCCGUACUUUUGUUUGGUUUAUUUUUAUUUCUAUAUUUUAAUUCUUACUCUUUUCUUUUUAAUUCUUACUCUUUUCUUUUUAAUUCUUGCAGUGCCGUCAUGUGGCUCUGCUCGUCCAAGGGAUUUGCGUGCUCGCUCAAUUGUUUGCAUUGAUGCGGCUUAGGUACCAUGUAGCCAGUGACGGCAGCAAUCAACAAUGCACGGAGCAGGCGAGUGAGCAGCCAUUCGAUUUUUAUCAAGGUGAUCCCGGCCACAAGCAAAUGGGACCUGGAACAUCCAAUACUUUGUAUCCAGUACAUGCGGCAAUUUUGUUCGUCGGAACUAAUAAAACAGAACAACUUGCUGGCCAUGUCGUGUCACAAGCGUUUUAUGAUAGAAAGGGACAAAAGAUGGAAGGGGAAAGAAAGACGGCCAAAAAUGUGAGAGAUGAGAUGUCGAGAGGGCGGGUGAUGGAUGAGAUUUUGGUAAGGGAGCCCGCAACGGGGAAAUUGAGGGGACCUUUUUUUCCUGUUUGUCUUUUCUUGUCUGGUCUCUCUCUCUCUCUCAUCUCAUCGUGGUCGGAUUUGCGUUUUUUUGGCACCGACGACGGGGCUAGGAACAUGGGAAGCGCUAUCCGGCAGCAAAUACAACGCCGCGCGUGUACUUGUACUUGCACCCGCAGCGGGCGGUGGACACCCGGGAGCGGGCAAAGCGCCGUCCGGGCUUGUCAGUUGUACUUGUGCUCGAGGUCUCUGCUCGUAACUGAACUGGUUCCGUAGCAUCACGGAUGUACGAGUACAGUACCUGUGCCAUCACACGAGGAUUGAUUUCAUUUUCUAGCGAUAUCCGACGCUUUUUUACGCCACCAGAAAUCCCCCCCGUCAAAACUGUAACUUCGGCCAGUAUCAUCCCUCACCCCAUCACCUGCGCAGCUGCAACUCAGCGCCACUCGCCGCUUGGGCCAAUGCCGUGGGCGCGUCCGGCUGCUGUGUAACGCCCAAAAGGCCCGUCUACUAAGGCACUGGGGUUCGC